CCCUCUCAAGUUUGAUGACUGAUAUCUGAAUUCUUGGACUCAGAUUUCAUUUUACAAGUAUCUCAUGUUUCCACUUUAUAUUUCUAACUCUAUCUUCCUUUCCUAUUGUAUGAAGAAUGCCCACGAGUUCAACGACAUAGUCGAGGCCUUCGGGUGGGAGGACAUACGGUACGUGGGGCCCGCCCCGUGCACGCAUGUCUACAAGAGGGUCUGGACGGCCAACGAAGGUCCCCUGUCGGAGUUCAUAUACUACCACCAUGAGAUGGUCUUGAUAAAAGAAUUCCCAGAGAAGGUGAUUCUCUUCUGUGAAGUACCUCCGCCGGAAGGAGGAGAAACUCCCAUCGCGCCUAGCUUCCGUGUAACGGAGAGGAUGUUGGAAGAGUACCCGGAGAUGGUGGAGGAGAUGGAGAGGAAAGGACUGAGAUACACGUUCAUGGCCCUAACCAAAAACGAUGCUUCUUCCAUGAGAGGUCGAGGUUGGGAAGAUGCAUUUGGGACUUCAGAUUGCGUAGAAGCAGAGAAGAGGGGUAAGGCAUUAGGAAUGGAGAUGCAAUGGCUGGCAGAGGGUGGGGUGAAGACGAUACUAGGUCCAAGACCAUUAACAAGGGUGUUCGAGGGAAGAAAAGGAAGGAGGAUGUGGUUCAACAACGUCGUUGGAAUGCACGGUAACGAGCUCAGCUCCGCCACCAUGGCCGAUGCAAGUGAAAUACCGGACGAGGCGGUGAAACGAUGCCAAGAGAUCAUCGAAGAAGAGAGCAUCCAAUUCAAGUGGCAAAAGGGCGACGUUCUGUUCCUCGAUAACUUAGCUUUACUUCAUGGUAGAAAGCCUUCCCUCCCACCAAGAAAAGUGUUGGUUGCUACAUGCAAAUAAACCAUCAAUAUCAACACUGAUUUCACAAAAUAGUGAAUUAUGACCAUUUUAUCACAACAACUCGAGUAUACAUAAUUCAAGGAAAUAUGCAUAGAAGCUAUAUGCUUGGUAAAAGGUGUUAGAACUUAGCACUAUCGAAUCAGAGUAUGUAUCAAACACUAGAGUUACUGCAUUGAGUAAAGCGAGAGUCUCUUCU